CAGGGUUGAACUGCAAAGGAAUAACACAUUGUAGGAACAUGAGACUUGACAUUCACACCAAAUUGCUCUUGGUGUUUUCCUCCUUCUGUUUCGAUGGUGUUUUUGGUGGAGGAAGUGGAGGGAGAAUGGUAGAUUUAGGAACGGAAGGCUUUGAACAUUAUGGAAGGGGGCUAUCACAUUACAAGGGAAGCAGCUCUGAUUUCUUCAAUGUUAAGAGAUUUGGUGCUCGAGCCGAUGGACUGACUGAUGACAGCAAAGCCUUCAGAGCAGCAUGGAAGAAAGCAUGUCGAGCUAUAGGUGAGGUAGACCUUGUGAUUCCAAAAGGGACUUACUUGGUUGGCCCUGUUAAAUUUGUAGGACCCUGUAAAAAUGUGUCUAAAAUAACAGUCCAUAUGAAGGGUUAUCUGAAGGCAACAACAAAUUUGUCUAAAUAUGGAGAUGGUGCUGGUUGGGUUGAAUUUCGAUGGGUGGAGGGGCUAACCUUAACUGGAGGAGGGACCUUUGAUGGGCUGGGUGCCAAAGCAUGGCCUUACAAUAGGUGCCCUGCUGACUUUAACUGCAAACUUCUUCCGACUAAUGUGAAAUUUGUUGCGAUGAAUAGGACGGUAGUACGAAGCAUAACAUCAGUAAAUAGCAAGUUCUUCCAUAUAGCUCUUGUUGGAUGCAAGAACUUCAAGGGCAGCGAAAUCAAGAUUUCAGCUCCAGCAGAUAGUCCAAACACUGAUGGUAUCCACAUUCAGCGAAGCUCCAGUGUCCACUUGUCGCAAUCACUUAUAGGCACAGGUGAUGACUGCAUCUCUAUUGGACAAGGAAAUUCUCAGGUCACGGUCACCGGCAUCAGCUGCGGGCCAGGUCAUGGCAUCAGCGUUGGGAGUUUAGGGAGAUACAGGGAUGAAGGUGAUGUAAGUGGAUUGGUGGUUAGAGAUUGCACCAUGACAGGGACCACGAAUGGCAUUAGGAUCAAGACAUGGCCUAACUCUCCAGGCAGAAGUGCUGCCACCAAUAUGACAUUCGAGAACAUUAACAUGAACAAUGUGAGCAAUCCGAUUAUAAUUGAUCAGGCAUAUUGUCCAUUCAAAUCUUGUAGCCCAACGGGACCAUCUCAAGUAAAACUGAGUGACAUAUAUUUCAAGAAAAUAAAGGGAACAUCAUCAUCAGCAGUGGCAGUAGUAUUAGAAUGUAGCAAAGGGAUUCCAUGCCAGGAUAUUUACCUUGAAGAUGUUCACUUGGAACUAGCAUCAGGGGAGAAGCAAGUGACUUCCACUUGUAAAAAUGUUAGGGCUAAAUACAUUGGCACCCAAAUCCCACCACCAUGUGCUUAG